AUGUCAAGGAUAGUAACUACAAAAACAAUCACUCCACCAGAUUCAACUGAUGAUAAAUAUACUAAGAUAAUAACUUUUGAAAAUGAUAGACAGCAAAAAACAAGUAUUGGGUUUGGAAACUCAACAUGUACUAAACUAGACAAUUUAAUAUUUCAAAAUCCUCAAUUUAUGCAAGAUGUAACUACUCAACCGUCAAAUCAAAGUAAAUCUAAUGUGUUAAGCAGAAAAGUCACCCCAGUCAACGCACCACAACCACAACCACAAAGCAGGGUCGUAUCAUUAGCAUCAUCAUCACCAUCGAAAAGCUCAUCCUCAUUAUCAUUAUGGAAUAUGAAUAAACCAAAAUCUCCUAUAUUCACUGCAACAUCAACACCACUCACGUCAGUUUUUUCAACUCCAGAUCCUACAGAAGAGCUUACUGAUUUUCAACUUUUGGGGAUAAAGAUGAGCUCCAUGUUAAAUAAAAUGGGUCUUAUUGAACAAUUACAAUCAGGAGACGAAAUCCAACAGCAUCAAUCAAAUCUCAUACAAAAACUGCAAUUACAAACACAACAAGAACAACAAGAUCCUAAUCGAAACUUUUUUGUAGACAUUAAUUUUAAAAUUUCCAAAAAUUUGGUCAAUUACAACAUUAAUUUGAAAUUACAUUAUCAAUACAAGUCAGAAAUUGAAAUAGAUGAAUUACCUACAAAUUUAUACAUUACUAAAGCAGAGAUUAUCAAAUACAUAACGGAAAAAAUCAUAUUUCAAACAUCACCUACAUUACAAGAUAUUUUUUCCAUUGAAUUGAAAAUUAAAAGUUUGUUAGUGUUGAGAAAAUUGAAAUGCUAUAUUAACGAAUUUGAAUUGGAAAUUUAA